AUGACGACCGACACCUUCCUGUUCACCUCCGAGUCGGUGAAUGAGGGUCACCCCGACAAGCUGGCGGACCAGGUGUCCGACGCGAUCCUGGACGCCUGCCUGGCCCAGGACCCCGAGUCCAAGGUUGCCUGCGAAACCGCCACCAAGACCAACAUGGUGAUGGUGUUCGGCGAGAUCACCACCUCCGCCAAGGUGGACUACGAGAAGGUGGUGCGCGACACGGUGCGCAACAUCGGCUUCACCUCUGACGACGUCGGCCUGGACGCCGACAAGUGCAAGGUGCUGGUGCACCUGGAGGAGCAGAGCCCCGACAUCGGCCAGGGCGUGCACGGCAUGGGCACCAAGACCCUCGAGGAGACGGGGGCGGGCGACCAGGGCCACAUGUUUGGCUACGCCACCGACGAGACCGAGGAGCUGAUGCCCCUGACCCACGUCCUGGCCACCAAGCUGGGCUACCGGCUGACCGAGGCACGCAAGGACGGCACCCUGCCCUGGCUGCGCCCCGACGGCAAGACCCAGGUGACGGUGGAGUACCGCAAGGACGGCGGCGCAGUUGUACCCAUCCGCGUGCACACCAUCCUGAUCUCCACCCAGCACUCGCCCGAUGUGUCCAACGAGAAGAUCCACGCCGACCUGCUGGAGCACGUGAUCAAGCCCGUGGUGCCCGCCAAGUACCUGGACGACCGCACCAUCUUCCACCUGAACCCCUCCGGCCGCUUCGUCAUCGGCGGCCCGCACGGCGACGCCGGGCUCACCGGCCGCAAAAUCAUCAUCGACACCUACGGCGGCUGGGGCGCGCACGGCGGCGGCGCCUUCUCCGGCAAGGACCCCACCAAGGUGGACCGCUCCGGCGCCUACAUCGCGCGCCAGGCGGCCAAGUCCAUCGUGGCGGGGAAGCUGGCGCGCCGCGCGCUGGUCCAGGUGUCCUACGCCAUCGGCGUGCCGGAGCCGCUGUCCGUGUUCGUGGACUCCUACGGCACGGGCACCAUCCCCGACCGCGAGAUCCUGGCCCUGGUGCUGGCCAAGUUCGACUUCCGCCCGGGCAUGAUCGGCAAGGCCCUGGACCUGAAGCGGGGGGGGGACCGCUACAUCCACACCGCCGCGUACGGCCACUUUGGCCGCGACGACAAGCCCGACGUCUUCACCUGGGAGAAGGUGGUGGACCUGACCCCCGCCGCAGAGGCCAAGGCCUGA